UCUCUAUGGUGUUAAACCAUAUGCCAUGCCAUAUGUGGAGUGUGGUUCGUCGAUGCACGUGUAUCUUUAUUUGUUAAAGUGAAAAGUUUAGAAAAAGAGCGCGGUAAUAAUGGUACUUUCGCUAACAAUUGAUUCCAAGUCUCCUGAGAUAGAAUUACUGAUAGUGACUGAGAUAAUUCGAACUGAAAAUGAGACAGAUAUAGGUAUAACAUGGAAAGAUUUAAAGGAAGAUUAUUCUUCCUUAUAUGAUAAUGACACAUUAUUAGCACAAUGUAGUUAUGGCAUUAAUCGAUAUCUUGCAAGAACAAUAAAUAUUGGACUUUAUGGUGGUACUUCUCCUUGUGAAAAAACACAAGUUGAUCAUUGGAUAUCAUUUGCCAUUGAAAAAUUGGCUGAUAUAUCAAAGACAAAGGAUAAUUUGAAUUAUCUUGAUCAUAUAUUAUUAACACGCACAUGGCUAGUCAACAAAAGUUUAACAUUAGCCGAUAUUCAUGUAUUUUGUGCUUUGUUAAGCCAACAGUACAUAAAACAUUAUGGAAAAAGUUAUGAUAACAUUACUAGAUGGUAUAAGCAUAUGGAAUUACUUUGUUUUGUUAAGAAUGCAUUGUUACUCGUAGAAAAAUCUACGUCUUCUCAAACAAAAGAUUUAAUAAAAGAACGAAAAAAUGAAAAGAAAGAACCAAUUGCUAAAGAAACAAAAACAAAGAAACAGGAGGGUAAAUUUAUUGAUCUACCUGGAGCUGAGAUGGGCAAAGUAGUGGUAAGGUUUCCACCUGAAGCAAGUGGUUAUCUUCACAUUGGUCAUGCCAAAGCGGCUCUUUUAAAUCAGUAUUAUGCUGAGACUUUUCAAGGGGAACUCAUUAUGAGAUUUGAUGACACCAAUCCGGCAAAGGAAACUGUAGAAUUUGAAGAAGCUAUAUUGGAAGAUUUAAAAUUAUUACAAAUUAAACCUCAUAGAUUUACGCAUACCUCGGAUUACUUUGAGAUAUUAGAAGGAUAUUGUACUAAACUAAUCGAAAAUGGUAUGGCAUUUGUGGAUGAUACACCAGCGCAUAUUAUGAAAGAACAACGCGAUCAAAGACAGAAAUCUAAAAACAGAACUAACUCUAUUGAUACAAAUCAUCAGUUAUGGAAUGAAAUGAGACGUGGUACCUCGCGUGGUCUAGAAUGUUGCGUUAGAGCAAAGAUAGAUUACGAGUCAACAAAUGGAUGCAUGCGCGAUCCUACAAUUUAUCGUUGCAAACUAGAACCUCAUCCACGUACUGGAAGCAAGUACAAGGUGUAUCCUACUUAUGAUUUUGCCUGUCCAAUUGUUGAUGCUAUUGAGAAUGUUACUCACACUCUGCGUACAACAGAGUAUCACGACAGAGAUGCUCAAUUUUAUUGGAUAAUCGACGCCUUAGGAUUGCGUCGUCCGUAUAUAUGGGAAUACUCACGUUUAAACAUGACUUAUACAGUAUUGUCCAAACGGAAGUUGACGUGGUUUGUAAAUGAAGGUUUAGUCGAUGGAUGGAACGAUCCGCGAAUGCCGACUGUGAGAGGUAUUCUGAGACGGGGAAUGACAGUCGAGGGUUUGAAACAAUUCAUCAUCGCGCAAGGUAGUUCUAAAUCUGUAGUCUUCAUGGAAUGGGAUAAGAUAUGGGCUUUCAACAAGAAAGUCAUUGAUCCGAUCGCUGUCAGAUAUACUGCACUGGAUUACGAGAAAUUGGUAACAGUUAAUGUAGUAGAUGCUAAGGAAGGGUGGUUGGAAGUGCAAAAUCAUCCUAAAGAUCCCUCCAAAGGUACCAAACAAGUGCGAAUAAGUCCUAAAAUAUUGAUAGAAAGAGAUGACGCUAAAGAAUUAGUUACGGGACAGAAUGCAACCUUCAUCAAUUGGGGUAAUUUAAUGAUAGAAGAGAUACAUACAGACCAGUCUGGUAAUAUUAUAGACGUGAAAGCGCGAUUAAAUCUGACGGACAAAAAUUACAAAAAAACGUUAAAGAUUACAUGGAUAGCUGCACCAUUGGAGGAAUAUGAAGACACUCAAGAAGAUAAACUACAGUUAAAUCCUACAAUAAAUUGUUAUGCUGUUUACUUUAAUCAUAUUCUGAAUGUAUCAGUCUUGGACAAAGAUAACGAUUUUAAAAACUUUGUUGCUAAGGAUACAAGGAAAGAAGUUAAAAUGUGGGGUGAAGCAGAAAUGAAACGUAUAAAGAAGGGAGAGAUAAUUCAGCUUCAGAGAAAGGGCUUCUUUAUUUGUGAUGUUCCGUAUGCACCUAUAAGUCCUUACUCAUUGCGUGAACAACCUGUUAUAUUGUUCCAUAUACCAGACGGACACACAACAACGCCUUCUAUUACGCCUACUAUAUCACACAAACAAUCGGGAGAUAAUACACAGCGCAAAAAAACAAAUGAAACAACUACGGAAAAUGAGAAAACUAAAUUAAAAAAAUCAGGUCAGAAUUCUGACAAAAAAAAAUUUACUGAAGAAAUAGAUUUACCACGAAAGAAAAUGAAAGAAAAUGCAAAAAGCGCGACCAAUAAGGAUAUAGAUUCAGGUAAAACGGGCACAAGAUUAGGAUUGGAAGCGAAGAAGGAAGAAAACUUCUUCGACUGGUACUCGCAAGUUAUCACAAAAAGUGGUAUGAUUGAAUAUUACGAUGUAUCCGGCUGUUAUAUUCUUCGUCCGUGGAGUUUUGCGAUUUGGAAGGUAAUAAAAGAGUAUAUCGACAAAGAGAUAACAGCGCUCGGUGUUCAAGAGUGUUAUUUCCCAAUUUUCGUGACUCGUGGGGUGUUAGAGAAAGAGAAAACGCAUAUAGCGGAUUUCGCGCCGGAAGUCGCAUGGGUAACAAAAUGCGGCGAGUCGGAUUUGGCAGAGCCUAUAGCUAUACGACCGACUUCGGAAACUGUCAUGUAUCCAGCUUACGCCAAAUGGCUGAGAUCGGACACCGAAUUACCGCUCAAGCUCAAUCAGUGGAAUAACGUUGUGAGAUGGGAAUUUAAAGAUCCUAAACCAUUCUUACGCACCAGAGAAUUUUUGUGGCAAGAGGGCCAUACCGCAUUUGCUACCAAGGCGGAAGCGGAGGAGGAAGUAUUGACUAUCUUAGAUAUGUAUGCCAAGGUUUACGAGGAUUUAUUGGCGGUCCCUGUUAUCAAAGGUCGCAAAACUGAAAAGGAGAAAUUUGCGGGAGGCGAUUAUACGACUACCGUCGAGGCGUUUAUUUCGACCAGCGGUCGCGCGAUACAAGGAGCAACGAGUCACCAUCUGGGACAGAACUUUUCCAAGAUGUUUAACGUUCAAGUGGAAGGUAUCGCGGAAGGAGACGAAAAGACAUUUGUUUAUCAGAAUUCUUGGGGCUUAACUACACGGACGAUCGGAGUCAUGAUAAUGGUACACGGAGAUGAUAAAGGUUUAGUGUUACCACCAUGUGUAGCAUCUAUACAAGGUAUUGUUAUUCCUUGUGGUAUAACUGCAAAUAUGUCUACGAUGAAGAAAGAGUUACUUCAAGGCGAAUGCGUCAAGUUAGUCGAUGAAUUGAGUAAAGACGGCAAAUUUAGAGUGAAGGGUGAUUUUAGAAAUAAUCGAACACCUGGAUGGAAGUUCAACCAUUGGGAGCUUAAAGGCGUACCAGUGAGAAUCGAAUUAGGCCCGAAAGAUAUGGAGAAGAAUGAAGUAACAUUCGUACGAAGAGAUAAUUUACAAAGAACAACUGUUAAGAGAGAAAUGGUAGCUACAUCAUUGGAUUGCUUGUUAAAAGAUAUACAAGCACAGCUGUUGUCCAGAGCUAGAAAGAAUCUCAUCGCUCAUAUCAAGCAAGUAGAAAAUUGGAGCGAUUUCGGUGCCGAGCUUAAUAAAAAGAAUUUAUUACUAUCACCUUUUUGCGGCGAAUCAACGUGUGAGGAUAACAUUAAAGCAGACAGUACAAGAGAGGGCGAUAGCGGUGAUGAACUUGGAGCAUCAAUGGGCGCUAAAAGUCUUUGUAUACCAUUUGAACAGCCAAAAUUGACAAAACCACUGGAUGAGAUAAAUUGUAUUCAUCAUAGUUGUAAAAACAAAGCAAAGUUUUAUACACUUUUCGGGCGUAGCUACUAAAACAUAGAUAAAAGAGAUGUUCGUUUAUUAUAUAUUAUAAUUUAUAAUUUGUAUACAACAACAAGGUUUGUUGGAAUGGACUUUCUAAUGUGAGUAAAAUAUGGAAUUUAUAUAAUUCAA